AUGUCUCAUUUAGUUCACUCUCAACUGAAUGAAUCUGAAAUACAGUAAAUAACCUACCCAAAUCUAGCAGAAGUGAGAUAUGAGGAAAACACGGAUAAAGUAUUCGUAGGAAUUCCUACUCAAAAUCAUUAUAUUUAAAGUGGCAUUCCACUUCCAACAGGUUUCCUUGUCACUCCUGUGUAUAAUACAGAUUCAAAUGGAACUAAUGUGCCAUAUGAUGCUCAAGGAUCAAUAAUUCCUAUCUAAAUAUAGUGUAAAUUCUGCAAGAGGUCUGGAACUACUCUAAUGUAACAUAGAGCUGGUCCAUAAACUUGGAUUGUAGCAUUUUUCAUUUUUAUAUUUUUCUUGCCUCUUGUUUUUCUACCCUUUGUAUUGAAAAGUUGCAAAGAUAAAGUUCACUAUUGUCCUAACUGCGGAUAAUGUGUCGGCAAAAAGAAAUUCAAACUCUGUAACAGUGAUUGA